AUGGAUGUUAUGAGGGAAGAGCUUCCUAACACAAUGGUUGUUGUUCGUUUAUCCGGGAUGGAGAUCAGUGACCUCACGAUGGAGCUCAGAGAUCUUGGGUUGCCGUUACCAUUUCACAGCUGCUAUUGCUUAAUCUGUAAGUGUAUGGUUGCUCUGGCUAACGAUUCAGGAAAAGUGCAAUACCAAUUAGAGAAAAGGAAGAAGGAAAGAGAGGUUGUGGUGAGGUCCAAUCAGGGGUUUGGGUUUAAUGGUGGCGGAGGUGGUGGUGGGAAAGAUGAUGGAGCUACUGCUAGAAUUCUGGGUAAUUUAGCUUUGGCUAUUGGAUUGACUUAUCUUUCAUUUACUGGGCAGCUUGGUUGGAUUUUGGAUGCAAUUGUUUCCAUUUGGCUCCUUGCAGUGCUUGUACCAAUUGUUGGUGUGGGUGCUUUUCUGUGGUGGGCAAGGCAGGAUAUGGUUCAAGACAGUGUUCUCUAUGAUCUUUUUUAUACUCCUUUCGAAGGUUUACUAUGA